UUCAUUUGUGAUGUUCUUUAUUUAAUGCCAACGCUACGUUAAUGUUCCACGUUGUAGGAUUGACGAUUGCGUUACUGUGCUUCCACGUCGCAGGCAGAGAUGGUAGCAGGUUGUGUUAUUUCGAAGCACCGUAGUCGAGUGUUGAUUUGAAGUGAGUGUUCGAGAAGUGGAAUAAAUCGGUUUUCAUAACAGGAAAGUUAGUUUUGAAACAGCGCAACGAAAUGGAGAAAUUUAGCAUUUUUUUAUUACUCUUUAUUUCUGCAAUUACUUUCACAACGAAUAAAGUUUAUGCUCAAGAAGAUGAAAAUAUAGAUGAUAUCGUGGAUAUUGAAGGAGAAGAUAAUUCUGUGAUAACAGACGAAGAACCAGAAGAUGAAACAACCACUGCUUCAUCUGAUGCUGAUACAACUAUAUUAUUUACUAAACCAGUUUAUAAUGGAUUAUCAACAUUGGAAUUACCAGCUGGAAAUUUAGUUGAAUUUCUUGUUGGUUUCACCAAUAAAGGAGAAUCUGAUUUUAUUCUUGAAUCUUUGGAUGCCUCUUUCCGUUAUGCAAUGGACUUUAACUUUUAUAUCCAAAAUUUUUCAACUGUUGUAUAUAACAAAAUUGUAAAACCAAAACACGAAGCGACAUUAGCAUAUUCAUUUAUUCCAUCAGAAAAUCUUGCUGGAAGACCUUUUGGUUUUAAUAUUAAUCUAAAUUAUAAAGAUUCUAAUGGUAUUGGCUUUAGUGAAGCUGUUUAUAAUGAAACAGUGCAAAUAAUAGAAUUAGAUGAUGGUCUUGAUGGAGAAACAAUUUUCUUAUAUGUAUUUCUGGCAGCAUGUGUGAUAUUGACACUUGUAGGAGGACAGCAACUUCUUUCAUCUCUUGGUCGUAAAUCUCGAUCUUCUAAUACUCGUAGAACUCCUGUCGAAGUGGGUACAUCGAACCCUAAUAAUGUAGACUAUGAUUGGUUACCAAAAGAAACAUUAAAUAGAAUUAAUAAAUCUCCUAAAACGCCCAGACAGAGUCCUAGGCAACGAAAAGUUAAGAGAACAGCUGAUGAUUAGUUGUGUUAAUAUAUGUGUGUUUGUCUGCUGUCGUGUGUAAAUAGGAAGUAUGGUUUUAUAUUCUGUAACAAUUCUUUAGUAACAAAUUUUCACAUUUUUCAAUCCAUACUGUAUUAAAGUCUCUCUCUCUCUCUCUCUCUCUCUCUCUCUACAUCAUUAUUGUACAUCUAAAAUAUCAGAAACAACAUUAUACCUUAUAAUGGAACAUUUCUAAAUAAAUUUUAUAAUUUAUUCUUGAUGUUAUAUAAUGCUGUGGAAAAGAAAGGGACAACAAAAAUUAAAAUGUGAAACUUUCAUAUAAAUAGUAUUACAAAAUUUUCAUAUAGUACUACUAUGAAAUAAUCAUAUGAAUACAUGUACAUUUUAUAAUCACUGUCAAUUUUGUUAUUGAUCACCAUUUUUGAAGUGCUGUUAUAUCAAUAAAAACAAUUUUAUAUAAUUUA